AUGGGGCACAGUCUAGGUGCACAGUCUAGGGUGCACAUUCUAGAGGCACAGUCUAUGGUGCACAGUCUACGGUGCAGUCUAGGACACAGUCUAGGCACAGUCUAUGGUACACAGCCUACGGUGCACAUUCUAGAGGCACAGUCUAUGGUGCACAGUCUAUGGUACACAGUCUACGGUGCACAGUCUAGACUAGGGUGCACAGAAUAUAGUACACAGUCUAGUGCACAGUCUAUAGUACACAUUCUAGGGGGGGACAGUCUAGGUGCACAGCCUAGGGUACACGGUCUAUGUACACAGUCUAGGGUACACAGCCUUAGUGCACAUUCUAGGUGCACAUUCCAGGGUACGCAGCCUAGGGUGCACAUUCUCGGUACACAGCCUAGUCUAGGUGCACAGUCUAUAGUACACAGUCUAUGGUCACAGUCUAUGGUACACAGACUAGGGUGCACAGAAUAUAGUACACAGUCUAGGGUGCACAGUCUAGUGCACAUUCUGGGGGACAGUCUAGGGUACACGGUCUAUGGUACACAGUCUAGUGCAGCCCAUGUAUCUCUCUCACCCAGUAUCUCUCUCACCCACACAGGGUCUCCACGGUUCCGUCGUCGUGUAGAGAGUCAAUGGUCAUCUCUCGUCUCUCGGUGGCGUAACAUCGGCUCUCCCUCCCGCCAUGCUGUCACGCCCACGCCCGACCACGAGGGUCUGGUGGGCGGCGGGAGGGUACACAUGAUGCGGCAGAGGGAACACGCCCACACUAGCGGCGGCAGCAGCAGCGGCAGCAGUAAUGGCGGGCCUCUGCACGCCCUCCGCUCCAAGUUAGGGCGUGGUAGGUCGCGGCAGACGAGGGCCAUGUCGCUCUGUGAGCCAGAGGAUGAGUGGGGUCCGCCUAAUCGUCAGUGGGUGGAUUCCCGGGCGGUGCUGGAGUGGGCGCGACGCUGUGGGGAGAGGGACGAUGAGCAGGACUCCGGGGUCACUGGCAGCGAUAACGACGAGGUUUUCCCCGCCCCCUCCACCAAGUCUUCGUCAUCGUCGUCCUCGUCUAGCGGAGGGUCGUCCUGCCACGACGAGGCCUUUAGCGAGACGUGCAGCGACACUUACGCCGGCAGUGACCGCCAGGGGGACGCUACGCCCCCGCCCCCCGCAGAGGAGUACUCUCACACCUGCCCUCCACACAGCCUCAAGCGACACGACUCUCACUCCUCGCAGCAGGGAGCACUACAGCAGCCGCGUAUCGUUGCAGAUCAUGUCAUCAAAAUGCACACGAGGGAUCACCCGUCGUCCCCUUCACCUACGCCGUCUGGAGUGUUAGGGCGGCGUUACCAGAAGGCUGCACAACAACCACAGCCUCAGCCUCGGCCACACCUACUACAGCCUCACCUACAGCAGCCACCAAAACAGCCGCCACAGCCACAGCAGCGACCAGCUGUGCCUCCUAGACCAGGUGGCCGUUCCCGGGUCUCUACCUGUGUUGACUCCUGUAUCUGGGAGGAGCCGCCCCCUCUAGACCUACGAUGUUCCGCCCACACCACCGUCCAGUCCACCGCCCACACACCCACUGCCCGUCCACCGCCCACACACCGGCGGCCACGACGGAGGAGCGGCGACGGCUGCAAGGGCUCAGGUCCUCCCCGGAGAAGACCACCCGCCCCCAGACGCCGCCUGCCAUCCCUCACGCCCACCGCCGACCACAACAAGUCCACGUCUAGUCAUGAAGAAGACGACCCAGAGAAGAGCGAGGGUCAGCCCAGUUUCUGCACACUACCUCGCCAGAAACGUGAAGUGACCUUUCAGAUCAGGACUGUAGUGUUUGAGAAAGGUCCUGGUCACCGCUCCCUGGGAUUCAGUAUAGUAGGGGGCACAGACUCCCCUAAGGGCUCCAUGGGCAUCUUCGUCAAGACAGUCUUCCCUCAGGGCCAGGCAGCUACGUCAGGCGCUCUACAAGAAGGUGACGAGAUCCUGGCCAUCAACGGGAGACCUCUACACGGCAGCUCCCACAAGGACGCCAUACUCGCCUUCAAGGAGAUCAAGCAAGGCAAAGUCGCCCUGCACAUUGGUCGACGACGCAAGAAGAAGGUGGCUGCUGCCCAGUAGAUGAACAACAGUCUGUGAGCUGUCUUCUGUUCAAUAUCAUGAUGAACAAGUCUGUGAGCUGUCGUCUGUUCAAUAUCAUGAUGAACAAGUCUGUGAGCUGUCUUCUGUUCAAUAUCAUGAUGAACAAGUCUGUGAGCGGUCUUCUGUUCAAUAUCAUGAUGAACAAGUCUGUGAGCGGUCUUCUGUUCAGUAUCAUGAUGAGCAAAUCUGAGCGGUUUUGUUCACUACCAUGAACAACAGUCUGUGAGCUGUCUUCUGUUCAAUAUCAUGGUGAACACGUCUGUAAGCUAAUUCAUGUUCACUACCAGAAUAAACAACAGUCUGCAGGGUAUAUCAUGUUCACUACUAUGAUGAACAGCAGUCUGUAAGCUAUAUUCUGUUCACUGCCAGGAUGAACAACAGUCUGUAAGCUAUAUUUUGUUCACUACUAUGCUGAACAACAGUCUGUAAGCUAUAUUCUGUUCACUGCCAGGAUGAACAACAGUCUGUAAGCUAUAUUUUGUUCACUACUAUGCUGAACAACAGUCUGUAAGCUAUAUUCUGUUCACUGCCAGGAUAAACAACAGUCUGUAGGGUAUAUCAUGUUCACUACCAUGAUGAACAAGUGUGUGUGAGCUGUCUGAUGUUCACUCCCAUAAUGAACGAGGCAGCUGACCAUCUCCACUUGACAGACACGCCUCCCUACACACAGCGGUAUAGCCCAGGUAACAUGACUAUACACACUGUCUGUUCUACCAUUGAUCUAGAGAAGUAAAUAAUAAAUAAAUAAAUAAAUAUGUGUACAUUUUGUUUAAUCAACUUCUGGGGAGCACUGUAACAUAAUUCCUACAUAUUACUUAAAUGCUAAUCUGUUUAAAUACAUGAAAGGAAAUUUAUGCCCCUCCCUACACCAUCCAGGUAAAC